AUGGCUUCUAAAGCUAUUCCUGCCUCAAUUCUUGUGUUGAGGAUCGUCACUCUUUUAGCCUUAGUUGCUUCAGUUGUCGUGCUGGUUACCGACCACUUCACACUUCAAGAUGGACCUGUGCAAACAGGGUUCGUGCUUGCUACAGCAGCAAUUGGAGCAGCUUACACGUUAAUACAGUUACCUUUUGAUAUAUACUAUGCCUGCGCCCAAAAGAGGUUGAUACGCAACGAAUGCAUGCCUGAGUUUGAUUUCUAUGCAGACAAGUUGGUUAGCUUGGUUCUAGCUUCGGGCGUGGGUGCUGGUUUUGGUGUGGGUUUUGAGUUCAAAAGAGUCCUCAAUGAUUUAUUUCUACUGCUUUUAGCACAAGGCGAGGAUCCUGUAAGUUUGGAUGAAGAACAAUCCAAGGAUAAUGCUUUCUUUAACAGGGCAAAUAUUGCUACCGGAGUUUUGUUGGUGGGAGCCAUUUGCAUGGCUGUGAUUUCAGUGCUUUCCUCCAUCAAUCGAACUUCAAAUAGAGGUUUCUUCGGUUAA